CCAGGCCUCCCGACCAAGGCGUGGACGCUGGGUCUUCCCAGGUACGCAGGCUCGGAGGCCCCUCAGGCAUACCCGGUCCUCCUCGCCGGGCCUCUCAGAUACUCCCCAUUUCGCCCGCGGGGCUCCUCAGGAUCUUUGUUGCCAAGUGUGGGAUCUUCAUUGCGGCAUGUGGGAUCUUUUUUUAGUCGCGGCAUGCAGUUUUUUUUUUUUUUUUUUUAAAGUUGUGGUCCAUGGGAUCUUUAGUUGCAGUAUGUGGGAUCUAGUUCCCUGACCAGGAAUCGAACCCGGGCCACCUGCAUUUGGAGCGGAGUCUUAGCCACUGGACCACGAGGGACGUCCCAAAUUGUACACUUUAAAAGGGUGGACUUUAUGUAACAAAAUGGUUCAACAAGUUCCAGAAAACAUCAAUUUUCCUGCUGAAGAAGAGAAAAUCUUGCAGUUUUGGUCCGACUUUAAUUGUUUUCAGGAAUGCUUAAAGCAAUCAAAACAUAGGCCAAAAUUUACCUUCUAUGAUGGACCUCCUUUUGCAACUGGACUGCCUCACUAUGGACAUAUACUUGCAGGGACAAUUAAAGAUAUAGUUACAAGAUAUGCUCACCAGAGUGGGUUUCAUGUUGACAGAAGAUUUGGAUGGGAUUGUCACGGUUUACCUGUGGAAUAUGAGAUUGAUAAGACACUGGGAAUCAGAGGACCAGAGGAUGUAGCCAAAUUGGGGAUUGCAGAGUAUAACAGUCAGUGCCGAGCAAUUGUGAUGCGAUAUUCUACUGAGUGGAAGUCUACUAUUACCAGACUUGGCCGAUGGAUUGACUUUGACAAUGACUACAAAACUCUCUAUCCACAAUUCAUGGAAUCUGUCUGGUGGAUCUUCAAACAACUCUAUGAUAAAGGCCUUGUUUACAGAGGUGUGAAAGUCAUGCCCUUCUCAACUGCAUGCAGUACUCCACUUUCCAACUUUGAAUCUCACCAGAAUUACAAGGAUGUUCAAGAUCCGUCAGUAUUUGUAACUUUCCCUUUGGAGGAAGAUGAAAGUAUCUCUUUGGUUGCCUGGACAACUACUCCCUGGACUCUACCUAGUAACCUUGCCCUGUGUGUUAACCCAGAUUUGCAAUAUGUGAAGAUUAAAGAUGCCAUCAGAGGAAACUUAUACAUUUUAAUGGAAGCCAGAUUGUCAGCCCUGUAUAAGUUGGAGAGUGACUAUGAGAUCCUUGAAAGAUUUCCUGGUGCCUAUCUCAAAGGCAAGAAAUACAGGCCCCUGUUUGACUAUUUUAUAAAGUGUAAAGAGAAUGGUGCUUUUACUGUGCUUGUUGACGACUAUGUGAAGGAGGAAGAAGGCACUGGGGUUGUACACCAAGCUCCUUACUUUGGCGCUGAUGAUUAUCGGGUCUGUAUGGACUUCAGCAUCAUUCAGAAAGACUCUCCCCCUAUUUGCCCUGUGGAUGCUUCAGGCUGUUUCACAGCGGAAGUGACGGAUUUUGCAGGACAAUAUGUGAAGGAUGCUGACAAAAAUAUCAUCAGGACCCUAAAGGAACAAGGUCGACUUGUUGUUGCCAGCACCUACACCCAUAGCUACCCUUUCUGCUGGAGGUCAGACACUCCCCUCAUUUACAAAGCAGUGCCUAGCUGGUUCGUUCGGGUGGAGCACAUGGUGGACCAUCUGCUGAGGAACAAUGACCUGUGUUAUUGGGUUCCAGAGUUUGUGCGAGAAAAGCGAUUUGGAAAUUGGCUAAAAGAUGCACGUGACUGGGCAAUUUCCAGAAAUAGAUACUGGGGCACUCCUAUCCCACUGUGGGUCAGCAGUGACUUCGAGGAGGUAGUAUGUGUUGGGUCGGUGGCAGAACUGGAAGAACUGUCAGGAGCAAAGAUCUCAGAUCUCCACAGAGAGAGCAUUGACCAUCUGACUAUUCCUUCACGCUGUGGGAAGGGAUUGUUGCAUCGUAUCUCUGAAGUUUUUGACUGUUGGUUCGAGAGUGGCAGCAUGCCCUAUGCUCAAAUUCAUUAUCCAUUUGAAAACAAGAGGGAGUUUGAGGAUGCAUUCCCUGCAGACUUCAUUGCUGAAGGCAUUGACCAAACCAGAGGAUGGUUUUACACCCUGCUGGUGCUGGCCACAGCUCUCUUUGGACGGCCGCCAUUCAAAAAUGUGAUUGUGAAUGGACUCGUCCUGGCAAGUGAUGGCCAAAAAAUGAGCAAACGCAAGAAGAAUUAUCCAGAUCCACUUUCAAUCAUUCAUAAAUAUGGUGCUGAUGCCCUCAGAUUGUACUUGAUUAACUCCCCUGUGGUGAGAGCAGAAAACCUCCGCUUUAAGGAGGAAGGUGUCCGAGAUGUCCUGAAGGAUGUGCUGCUCCCUUGGUACAACGCCUAUCGCUUCUUCAUCCAGAAUGUCCUGAGGCUACAGAAGGAAGAAGAAAUGGAAUUCCUUUACAACGAGAACAUGGUUAAAGAAAGUACCAACAUCACAGACCGGUGGGUCCUGUCCUUUAUGCAGUCGCUCGUUGGGUUCUUUGAGACCGAAAUGGCAGCUUACAGGCUCUAUACUGUGGUUCCUCGCCUGGUCAAGUUUGUGGAUGUUCUGACUAAUUGGUAUGUCAGGAUGAACCGUAGAAGAUUAAAGGGUGAAAACGGGGUAGAGGAUUGUGUCAUGGCCCUGGAGACCUUGUUUAGUGUUCUGCUUUCUCUGUGCAGACUUAUGGCCCCCUAUACCCCUUUUCUUACUGAAUUGAUGUACCAGAAUCUAAAGACGCUGAUAGACCCCGUUUCUGUCUGGGACAAGGACACAUUCAGUAUCCACUACCUCAUGCUGCCCCACGUUCGAGAGGAAUUGAUUGACAAGAAAACUGAGAGUGCAGUAUCUAGAAUGCAAUCCGUGAUUGAACUUGGGCGAGUGAUUCGAGACCGCAAAACUAUUCCGAUAAAGUAUCCUUUGAGAGAAAUUGUCGUUAUUCAUCAGGACCCGGAAGCUCUUAAUGAAAUUAAGUCUUUGGAGAAUUAUAUCAUUGAGGAAUUAAAUGUUCGAAAAGUUACCUUAUCUACAGAUAAAAACAAGUAUGGCAUUCGCCUGAGGGCAGAGCCAGAUCACAUGGUCCUGGGUAAGCGUCUGAAGGGAGCCUUCAAGACGGUGAUGACAGCCAUCAAGCAGCUGAGCAGCGAGGAGCUGGAGCAGUUCCAGGAGACUGGGACCAUUGUUGUGGAAGGCCAUGAAUUGCAUGAUGAAGAUAUCCGCCUCAUGUAUACCUUUGAUCAGGCAACAGGUGGAACAACACAGUUUGAAGCACACUCGGAUGCUCAGGCUUUGGUUCUCUUAGACGUCACCCCUGACCAGUCAAUGGUGGAUGAAGGAAUGGCUCGGGAAGUCAUUAAUCGUAUUCAGAAACUGCGCAAAAAGUGCAGUCUGGUUCCAACUGAUGAAAUAACAGUUUAUUAUAAAGCAACAUCUGAAGGAAAAUAUCUGAAUAAUGUUAUCAAAAGCCACAUAGAGUUCAUAUUUGCCACCAUAAAGUCUCCUUUGAAACCAUAUCCAGUUCCUACAUCAGAUGAAAUACUUAUUCAAGAAAAAAUGCAGUUAAAAGGGUCUGACCUGGAAAUUACACUCACCAAAGGAUCUUCCAUGCCUGGCCCUGCUUGUGCAUAUGUCAAUCUUAACAUUUGUACAAAUGGCAAUGAGCAAGGUGGAGUACUACUUCUGGAAAAUCCAAAAGGAGAUAACAGGAUGGACCUUUUAAAGCUGAAGAGUAUUGUUAGUAGCAUUUUUGGUGUAAAGAAUACAGAGCUGGCUGUCUUCCACGGUGAAACAGAAAUAAAAAACCAAACCAACUUACUGAGUCUUCGUGGAAAAACACUUUGUGUGACUGCAGGAUCAACUCCCUCUGUGAUCAACAGUCCUAGUACUCUUCUCUGUCAGUAUAUCAACCUGCAGCUCUUGAAUGCAGACCCCCAAGAGUGCUUAAUGGGGACAGUAGGCACUCUGCUGCUUGAAAAUCCGCUUGGGCAGAAUGGGCUCACCCACCAAGGUCUUCUGUAUGAAGCAGCCAAGGUGUUUGGCCUGCGGAGCAGAAAGCUAAAGCUUUUCCUGAAUGAGACUCAAACAGAAGAAAUUACAGAAGAAAUCCCCAUGAAGACUUUGAACACGAAGACUGUGUAUGUUUCUGUAUUACCGACUACAGCAGACUUCUAACAUUCAGUUACCUGUGUGAUUCAGUCAGCCUUUCCCUGGCAUAUACCUGUUCUCCCCUUCCUCCCACCCCCCAACACACACACAUGGACACAGACAUAUUGAAGAUAUUUACUUCAGGUGCAUGUGUAAUACACUGCUUUUGGUCUAAAAUUGAAAUGGAAUCUAUCAAGUGACUUGAGACUACACAGUAAUAUUCACACUUAACCUUAAAUACCUAUGCAGUCAUGUUGAAGGAAAGCUACAGUGUUACCUCAGCACUACAGAGUAUAUUUCUAUACUUGAAUUGUUACGUAUAGAACAUAGAAGUUGUUUAAGUGGUGUGGCGGGUGGGGGGGGGUGUAAACACACACAUAAUUCUAUGGCCUUCUAAAACUUAUUUGAAAUCUCUUGAAGGAAUGGACAGUGUUGUAUAUUUUUGCUACCUGGAUUUUCCUCGGUAAUUUGAUUGAGUAUUUUAAGUUUCAGUAAAUCAGAACGAUAAACUUCCUCUGAGAUAAUAAAUAUGUUAGAAGUAAUUCAUUCUCCCAUAGUUCAGUGAAACUUGGAAUUUGCAAUCUUUAAAGAACACAAAAACUGAAUAGUGACUUCCAUAUUGACACUAGACUGAAUAUCUAAUUUCACUUUUUCCCAAAAUCCUAUGUCAAAGAAGCAGAUGCCAAGACAAAAUUAGAUGUGCAAGAAUGUAUUGGGGGAAGCACACAUAAGAGAUAAAAGGGAGGGACUUCCCUGGUGGCACAGUGGUUAAGAAUCUGCCUGCCAAUGCAGGGGACAUGGGUUCGAUCCCUGCUCCAGGAAGAUCCCACAUGCCGCAGAGCAGCUAAGCCCGUGUGCUGCAACUACUGAGCCUGCGCUCUACAGCCCGUGAGCCACAACUAUUGAGCCCAUGUGCUGCAACUACUGAAGCCCAUGCGCCGAGAGCCUGUGCUCUGCAAUAAGAGAAGCCAUCACAAUGAGGAGCCCGCACACCUCAACGAAGAGUAGCGCCCCCCCCACGCCCCACUCGUCGCAAUUAGAGAAAGCCCGUGCACAGCAAUGAAGACCCAAUGCAGCCAAUAAAUAAAUACAUACAUAAAUUAAAAAAAAAAAAAGGUAAAGGGGAGAAGGUGAAGGCAGGGACAGAGAAAGCCUUCAGAAAGAGUCCACAGUUAGGCAGAAAUGACCCGACUCUGGACCCAUGCCUUGCUCAGUCAGUGGCUUCAAGCAGCUGAGGGGGGCAGUGGCCUCAUGACAAAUGGAUCCGUUGAUCUGAAAAUGUAGUAGUUCAAGGCUGUCAUCCGUGUAUACUCCCUACAUCAGAUUCUCCUGAAGGGAGCUCUGGGCGGUGUGUUUCUAGCUGCUAAAAUAAGUGCAUUCAAAUCCAGACCCACGAAGCUGGAGGAGACCACACAAGAUAACAAGUGUGGGCAAGGAUCAGAGGAACUGGAACCCUUGUGCACUGUUGGUGGGAGUGUAAAGUGUUGCAGUCACUAUGGAAAACAGUGUAGAGGUCCCUCAGAAAUUAAAAGUAGAACCACCCUAUGAUCCAGCGGCCACCUUCUGGUACACAUCCAAAAGGACUGAAAGCAGGGUCUUGAAGAGACAUUUGCUCACCCAAGUUCAUUGCAGCGAUAUUCACCAUAGCCAAGAGGGGGGCAACCCCAGUGUCCACUGAGGGAGAAAUGGAUAAGGAAAAUGUAAGAUACACAUACAAUUGCAUAUUAUUCAGUCUUAAAAAAGAAGGAUGAACCUUGAAGACAUUAACAUUAAGCAAAGUGAAAUAAGCCAGUCACAAAAAGACAAAUAUGGUGUGCUUCCACUUGUAUGAGGUGCCUAGAGUAGUAAAAUGCAUUGAAACAGAAUAGAGUGGUGGCUGCCACACUGCAGGGAGAGAAAUGGGGAAUUGUUCAGUGGGAGUAUUUGUAAGUUUGCAAGUUUUGAGACAUUCUAGAGGUCUUUUGCACAACUGUGACUAUAUAGUUAACAUACUAAACUUGAUCCUUAAAAAUA